AUGUACGCACAGGGGCUGCUGGGGCUGGCGCUGCUGCUGGUCACCUCGGUGCCGGCCGGUCACCUCUCGCCGCCGGCUGGCCCCCUGGCCCUGCGGAGCAGUUUGGGUGGUCCUACUUUGUGCCAGCUGUCCCGGACUGAGUCGGAACUCAGGUGCCGUGUCCCAGGUGGGAAGUUGUGCAAUGACAGAGGCACAUGUGAGUGUGGAGUCUGCAUCUGCCAAGUGACUGAGUCUGGCAAAUACUACGGUCCACUCUGUGAGUGCCAUGACUGGGUGUGCGAGACCUAUGAUGGGAAGAUCUGUGCUGGACAUGGAAAGUGUGACUGUGGGAAGUGCAAAUGUGAUGAAGGCUGGUAUGGUGAAGCCUGUCAGUAUCCAACUACUUGCAAUCUUACACGGAGAAAAAGCAAUGAAAUGUGCAAGAAUUCUCAAGAUAUCAUCUGUUCUGGUGCAGGCACGUGUCAGUGUGGCAGGGGUAAAUGUGCAAACUCAGAAGGAAAUGGACUGGUGUAUGGCAAAUUUUGUGAAUGUGAUGACAGAGAAUGCGUAGAUGAUGAAACAGGAGAGAUUUGUACGGGCCAUGGAAAGUGUUACUGUGGAAACUGUUACUGUGAGGCUGGUUGGCAUGGAGAUAAAUGUGAAUUCCAGUGUGACAUCACCCCCUGGGAGAUCAAGAAAAGAUGCACGUCUCCAGAUGGCAAAAUCUGCAGCAACAGAGGCACAUGUGUAUGUGGGGAAUGCACAUGCCAUGAUGUAGACCCAACUGGUGACUGGGGAGAUAUUCAUGGAGAUACCUGUGAGUGUGAUGAAAGAAACUGCAAAGCAGUGUACGAUAGAUACUCUGAUGACUUCUGUUCAGGUCAUGGACAGUGUAAUUGUGGAAGAUGUGACUGUAAAGAAGGAUGGACUGGGAAAAAGUGUGAGCAUCCACGUUCUUGUCCAUUGUCUGUUGAGGAAAGUGCUAAGAGAUGCCAAGGAAAUUCUAAUUUACUUUGCUCUGGAAGAGGGAGAUGUGAAUGUGGCCAAUGCACUUGUUUCCCUCCAGGAGACAACAGAGUUCAUGGCAAAAACUGUGAAUGUGAUGAUCGACAGUGUGAAAAUGCAGAAGGAGAUGUCUGUGGGGGCCAUGGCAUCUGCUCCUGCGGCCGAUGCAUUUGCCAGGAUGGGUGGUUUGGAAACUUGUGCCAGCACUCAAGGAAGUGCAACAUGACGGAGCAGGAGAGCAGAAGUCUCUGCGAGUCAGCGGAUGGCAUAUUAUGUUCGGGGAAGGGUUCCUGCCACUGUGGAAAGUGCAUCUGUUCUCCCCAGGAAUGGUACAUUUCAGGCGAUUUCUGUGAAUGCGAUGACAGAGACUGUGACAAACAUGACGGUCUCAUUUGCACAGGCAACGGUGUUUGUAGCUGUGGAAACUGUGAGUGCUGGGAAGGAUGGAAUGGAAAUGCUUGUGAAAUCUGGCUGGGGAGAGAAUACCCUUAAUGCAGGGUGUUAAAGACUGAGGAGGUUAUUUUGUUUGUUUUUCUUUAGGCUGCUAGAACAUUUAAUUUCAGAAGUGCUCAGUGUGUGGGUGUGGGUGUGCAUGUAAGCACACAUACAUGGUUUGAAGUACCUUAGAACACGUUUGAGGACCUGCUCCUUAAAGAAAUGCAUCAAAAAAACUAAAAAAGGGAGCAGGACAACCCCAGUUCUAGAGGGUGAAGUCAUAAAAUACCGGCCCUGUGGAAUUCCUCCAGAGUUUUUUCUGUAAAUUCAGUGGAACUGAGAUUAUAUCUAUAAUGCUUGUUUCUUUAAGCAACCUUUGGAAAAAGCAUAAGAAAGCCUUUUUUAACAUUAUUUACUUGGUCAUCACCUCUCCUUAUCAAUCUUAACAAUACCCCUGUAGAGGAGUAACACUAGCUGAAUAUUUGUCAAAUAACUACUUUGAUUAAUUUUAUGGUGUUGGAAAAAUACAUUAUUUGACCUUUUUUUCUUUCUGACAAUCCUGAUUAUGCACCAGCUCAUAAAUUGAAAGAAGCUGUAAAAAAGCCUAUAAAAACAUUAAUGAUUUUUUGUUUGGUAAAAUAAUUAUCUGAGAUCCAAUUACAAGACACCCAUAAACUGAAGACCCAAAAUGUUUGAACAGACCCUUUUCCACAAAAAAAACUUAGUUUCUGUGGUUAAUGUGUCAGUAAGUUGGUUAUCUAAUCUACAUACUACAAUACUUUCAAGUACAUAACCUAUGGGAACAUAAGGAAGGAAACUAAUAAAGAUAUAAAUGUAUGAUUGCCUAUUCUGAAUAUGUAUUCUGCAACUCAUAUGUACUUCUAUCAUACUGUUCUGUGUAGUACAGUUGCCUCUUAAAAGUAAAGUAAAUGAAAAUUUGUUAUAUUGAAAAUGAAAAUAUGUCAUUUUCAGGAUGAAAAUUCUGUCUACUAUUCAAAAUCAAUGUUUAGAACAAAUUACACUGUCACACAUGGUAUUCAUUGAAUUUAACUGCUUUUAUGGAAGUGGGAAACCUGAAGGUCAACUGACUUGAAAAAUCAUCUAUGCUAUGCAGCAGCUUGGUCUCAGCCAAAGACAUUUGGACAAUGUCAACAAAGUAAUUAAAGUUUUAAUACAGUAAAUACAAACAAAGCAGUGGUAUGAACAAAAAUUUUAUUUUUAUUUUCCAAUGGUGAAAUGCUGCUCAGUGUGAAAUUCACAUUGAGUAAUGAAUGAUGUACAACUAUUGGGACUUCCCUAACUUAUUUACAUAUGAGUCUCUUAAUUUUUUGUACACAUAGAUUUGGCAGCCCUUGAAUUCUUUAGAACAAAAAGAAGAAAUACACAUUUUAGUUUCAAAAGUGUUUACACUUUGUGAAAUCAUGACUGAGUGAGAAAAUUGAUUAAAUGGCUGAAAAAUACUUCUUUUAGAUACCAAACUGUAACACUGGCACUUAGGUGCCAAGGUCCUAAGAAGAGGUACAUGAUUCAGAAAUAAUGGAACUAUGUAUCAACCAAAUACUGUAUUUCCAUUAUUUAUCUAAAAAUUAGUUUUCUUUUAGAAAGGAUGGUUUUGAAAUAGGAAAAUACAAUGCUACAGAACAUGUAACAGAAUGCAAAAUUUCAAAUUUAUUUAAUUGCCUUAUUAUUACCCCUUCCCAUGUUGCUUGUUCUCUCACCCAGUUUUUUUUAGUUAGCCUGUAUUAUUUCUUUCUAAAAAUGAAGCCUGUGAAACCCAUGUUCUCAGGGAGCAUAAUCACCAAACAUCCAAUUUAUAUAUGUUCUGCAGAUAGUAAUGAGACAUACAUCCUAAAGCUGUUCCCUGCUCUCUUGUUAGAUAACCAAAAUAUCAGACAGAGUUCUAAAAGAUAUUGAUACAGUAUAAAGCAUCUUCAAAAUAAAAUCAUCUUGAAAUUUUAGUUUAUAUUUUAUACUUGUAACCCUUAAACUCCAUGGAACCAAACAGAAAUAUUUUCUUAAGUUUUAGCAUAUAUGCAUUUUGCCAACCCUGGUGUCUGGAGAGCACAGAUUGUUGCUUUUAUUUAUAUUUACGAAUACAGCUGACCUGAAUCACCUUAUAAUCAGUGGUGUUUUUGCAUAUACAUUCAUCUGCUGAAUCAGAGUGGAAACAGUGAAGGAUACAAAGUUUUCCUUUAUUUUCUUCCAUCUGUAUUUAGAACAGUAAUAAGAAAAUAUCAGAUAAUCAAAACUCUUAUCUGGUGUCAGUAGAUGCUUUUGGCUUGUUCAUGCCAUCAUUAGCAGAUUUAUAUAUACUGUAGACCAGCUGUGGUAUUUCAGGUACUCAUUCAUAUAUAAAAGAACAAUUCUUUAGCUGGUUGCAGUAUCGUAUUUGAUGCAUUUUACUUUGUAAUUUGCUUUAAUUUUAAAUUUAUAUACUUAAAGAAUGUAAGUUAACUCUUAUUUCUAGUUUGUUUGGGUUUUUUUGAAAAAAACAAUCAACUCCAACAUUUUGACUACUGGACAGAUUACACAGCCACAGUAUUUCUGUUAUCCAAGUUGUUUUUUAUAUUGCGUAUGGAAAAAAAAUAG